AUGCCUGAAAAUUAUCCUCCUCCGAAUUUUGAACGCGCUUCAUCUUGCCCAGCUGAACACCUCAAUAUUAAAAAAGAGAAACUCGUCAUCAAAGCUGGGACACGUCAAAGGUCGUAUUCGUGUAGCUCUACUAGAGAUCCGGGUGGCCCAUCCGAUCUAACAAAAUCCCAAUUUGAUCUUUCGAUGUUUAACAAUUCAAACAUCGAGGCGUUGCCCUACGACAUAAGGCUGUUGUUUUGUACCUACUACGAUAUGAACACUCGUCGUACGGUCAUGAAUGUCUGCAAGGGCUGGUACACAAUGAUGAGGAGGCCCUCCAUGUGGCAGAGGGUCGACACCUCCAUAAUUCCGUACUGCAUUAACAGAGAGAGGAAUCACGUCUGCAAUGCCCUCUGCUAUAAGGGUUACAAAAACAGGAUUAAGAAAUAUAUGUUGUUCAUCAUCGACGUCAUGCCGAGUAUUAGAUAUCUGAGAAUUUGGAUAAACAUUACAGAUGAUUCUUUCUCCCUCGCAGAUACAACAGUCAAACUGAUAACAGGCGUUUUUACGCAGAACUUAGUAAAGAUAGAUCUUGAUUGGACGACAACACUGCAUAGAGAAAACCAAUCCGGCACCCUAUCAGCUUCAGGUAGAAACUUGAACGCUAAUGCGCUGAGACGAAGGAACUUGUCGUUCAUAACGAUGUUCGAGGCGAUACGCGAGAAGAUUGCCUCGGUCAGGGAUCUGACUUUACCCUUCACAUGGAGUGAACGUCCUAUGAAGGUGCUUUCGAAACUCAGUCGCUUGAGAAUUUUGAAGCUAAGAUCCUGCUACAUACAUAGAUCUAUUGAGCGUAGUCUAUUCUCGAGUUUCUUCCGGUACAUACCAACGGUAGAAGACCUGACGAUCGAAAUGGAGUCGGUGGAUACCAUUGGCCUAUUCAGGACUUUCGAGAUCAAGUCAACUAGCCUCGUUAAUCUCGAUGUGUCUAAGUGCGUUGGCAUGUGCUUCAACACAUUGGACGCCCCAAACCUCGAAUCACUGACCAUCGCACGGAAUGCAUUAGAACUCGAUCCAGAUAUCUUAAUUUUCAGUCUUAGGCAUGAAUUAGCAAACUGUCUCUAUACCGUUUUAAGAAUGGGCACUCCCAAACUAAAAUUACUCAAUGGCAAACCCCUGUACCCCCCGAUCACAACAUGGUACCACGAUAUUCAUAAGGAGGAGACCUUCACUGAACAGGAUAGGUUUAUGAGAGAUUUUUUGGUGAAUAAUUGUUUCUGCUUCGCCCAUUUCGAUGGUUUUUAUGAAUUUUUCAUGCUUGGCGAACGUAAUGCUGUGCCUGAGAUUGAGGCCGUGCGUGUCGGUGAUGAUGACGACGACGACGAUGAUGUUGCUGCUGGUAGAGGUAAUGAUUUGAUGGCAGCUGGUGAUCAGGUUUUCGAGGAUGAUGCUUUUGUUGCCGAUGCUGGUGUAAAUGAUGGUGAAGCCAUUUUUGAAAGGGGUGAUGUUGAAGUUGAGGCUGAUGUGGUUGCACUGCAUGGCGAUGAUGGUGCUGGUGCUGGUGUAAAUGAUGGUGAAGCCAUUUUUGAAAGGGGUGAUGUUGAAGUUGAGGCUGAUGAGGCCGCACUGCAUGGCGAUGAUGACCUAGGAGUCGCCAGUUUUCGUGACGAAGGUGAAGUUGAACUUCUCGACCGCCCUAGAGCUACCGACGAAUAUGGUGUUGCUGGUGAAGAUGAUGUGGUCGCUGCUGAUGCCGUUCGAGAUGUGGACGAUGAGGUUGUUGUAAUUCUUCCUGGUGAUAAUAUUGUUAUUGGAGACGCACCGGCUAUUGAUGAUGUAGUUGUUAAUGACGAUGUUGCUAUUGGUGAGGUCGUUGGUGAGGUUGUUGGUGAUGCUGUUGCUGUUUCUCUAGCUGCUGCUGUUAGCAAUGUUGCUGCUGCCGCUAAAGAUGUUGCUGCUUCUGCUACAACUAUUGUUGCUGCUGCAGGCGACAUUGCCGUAGCUGCUAGCGAUAUCACUGUUGCUGCUGGCAAUAUAACUCGUGCGGCUAGCAACAUUGCGUCUAGGACUGUUGAAGCCAGCAAUGAAGCGGCUAGCAGUGUUGAUAAAAAGAAGAAGGGUGGGAAUGAUUAUGGUGGCCCGUUGGUACCUUUUUGUAGGUUACACUAA